AAUUGUCAUUUUAAGAAUUAAAUCAGUGGGACUGUUUUAAAACGGUGGGGUAGUAUUGGACUUUAUUGACGUUUUGUGUGAUUAAUAUUUUAACCGAACCACGGUUAAAAACUUAACUCUUCUCUUUCCUUUACUUGGGUUUAUCAUUUAUAAAUCCGCAGCCGAUCUUUUUCAUUCUUCAUUCACACCACUCGGCUCCAAGAUGAUGAUCGGAGAACAAUCUAGAUUCAACCACACCAUUCAAGUUCCUCCUUGGGACCCACUUGAAGACCAUCAUAUAACCGGAGUUUCCUCGCCGGUUUUCGUUGCCGGUGGGGUCGAUUCAUUCAUCGACUCUUUUUCCUCCAUUCACCGGUACCUACCCUCUGCGGCGGAUUCUGAUGAAUUGGAUGGGGUGGGAGAGGCGGUGGACGGUUUUUCCUGCGAUCAUUUUCGGAUGUUUGAGUUCAAAAUCCGGAGAUGUGCACGUGGGAGGUCGCACGAUUGGACAGAGUGUCCGUACGCGCAUCCUGGUGAGAAAGCUCGACGGCGUGACCCGAGGAAGUAUCAUUACUCCGGUACGGCUUGUCCGGAGUUUCGAAAAGGAAAUUGUAAGAAAGGGGAUUCUUGUGAUUUUGCUCAUGGGAUAUUUGAGUGUUGGCUUCAUCCAGCUCGGUAUCGGACUCAGCCGUGUAAGGAUGGGUUAGCUUGUCGCCGUCGUGUCUGUUUUUUCGCGCACACGCCGGAACAGCUUCGGGUUCUGCCGCAGCAGAGUCCGAGAACCCCUGUUUCGGCUGAUUCCGUUGAUGGGUCAUCACGAGUUGCACAUGCAUUCGAUUCAUAUUUUAGUAAAGGGUCAUUUGUGACUUCACCCACUUCAAUUCUAUCAACGCCGCCUGUAUCUCCGCCUUCUGACUCACCACCCCUAUCUCCGAAUUGUCCGUUUAAUUCAAUGAAUGGAUUGGUCUCGUGUAUGCGCAAUCUUCAACUUGGGAAAUUAAAAGCAACCGGUCCUCAUUGGGGAAGGAUUCAAUUAGGAUCACAAAACCCUCUCUCUCCCUCCGGCUCUGGUUUGUACAACUUACCGUCAACUCCAACCACCGGAAAUUACGAAUUAUGGGGGAAGAAUUACGAGGAAGAACCUGCAAUGGAGAGAGUGGAAUCUGGGAGAGACUUAAGAGCUCAAAUGUAUGCGAAACUCAGCAAAGACAACUCUGUGAAGGAGAUGGAUUCGACAUUGACACCCGAUGUCGGAUGGGUUUCGGAGCUAUUAAUGUGAGAAAUGGGUUCAAAAAGAAAAAAAGAAGAAGAAGGAAACUUGAUCAAUCGGUGGCCUUUUUGGGGUUUGUUUGUGAAUACAUAUUUUGGUGGUGGGUUUGUGGAAUUUUCAGCGUUUAUUUUACAAUUGUAUUUAAAUUUAAUUAGGAGAAAAGAAUUACUCUGUUUUUAUUGUAGAUAUGAAAAGACGGGAUUUUUAGGCUGCCGAGAAGUAAGUAAGGGUACAUAAGGAAGGUUGUUGUCGGCUGGGCUUUGAUUUAAUUUAAAAUUGUAAUAUGAUAUUUUCAGAUUUCCAGUAAAAAACGAAAAAAGAAAAAAUAUGUAAAAA